CGCCCCUGCACCCUCGACGCCGCUGCGCGCGCUUCUCCCUUCUCUCGAAUCAUUCGUUUCGCGACGCGUAUACUUGCCGGCCGGCCUCCGUUACAUUCGUCCGGGCUCAUUCCCAUCGCGUCCGCUAGCCGCACCGCUCCGAUCGCACCACCUAGUUGAAACACCUCGCCAAAAUCAUGACGGAGAGCACAGAAACCCCUGCGGCAGCUGCGCCUGAAAAGACUCCCACUGAAAAUGGAACUACUGAGACCCCACCCGAAGAGACCCCAGAAAAGGCGACUGAAGAGAAAGAAAAGGAGACUCCUCCUCCCAAAGAGAUGCGCGCUGUCGUUCUCACCGGCUUUGGCGGACUGAAGACUGUCAAGAUCCUGAAAAAACCUGAACCUACUGUUGGAGAAGGCGAGGUUCUGAUUCGUGUGAAGGCAUGUGGUCUGAACUUCCAAGACCUGAUUGUGCGACAGGGAGCUAUCGACUCGCCCCCCAAGACACCUUUCAUCCUCGGCUUCGAAUGCGCCGGAGAGAUCGAGCAGGUCGGCGAAGGUGUCACCAACUUCAAGGUUGGCGACCAAGUCGUGGCUCUUCCGGAGUACAGGGCCUGGGCUGAGCUGGUCUCCGUGCCCGCACAGUAUGUGUACGCUCUGCCUGAAGGCAUGACUGCUUUGGACGCCGUAGCCGUGACCACCAAUUACGUGGUAGCCUACUUGCUUCUCUUCGAGAUGGCUAAUCUGACUCCUGGCAAGAGCCUGCUGGUUCACUCUGCAGGAGGCGGCGUGGGCCAAGCAGUAGCUCAGUUGGCGAAGACUGUGGAGAAUGUGACGGUGUUCGGUGUCUGCUCGAAAUCCAAGCAUGAAGCUUUGAAAGCUAAUAACAACAACAUCGACCAUCUUCUGGAGCGCGGCAGCGACUACACCAGCGAAGUCAGGAAGGUGUCUGCCGAUGGUGUGGAUAUCGUGCUGGACUGCCUUUGUGGCGAGGAAUGCAACCGCGGUUACCAGCUCCUGAAACCGAUGGGACGGUACAUCUUGUACGGAUCAUCUAACAUCGUGACCGGUGAGACGAAGAGCUUCUUCAGUGCUGCACGUGCCUGGUGGCAAGUGGACAAGGUGUCUCCGAUCAAGUUGUUCGACGAGAACAAGAGCCUGGCGGGUCUCAACCUGCGGCACCUACUGUUCCAACACGGACGCGCCGAGUACGUGCGCCGCGCCGUCGAGCGCGUCUUUGCGCUCUGGGGAGAGGGCAAGGUCAAGCCGCUCGUCGACUCCACCUGGGCGCUCGAGGAUGUUGGUGAAGCCAUGCAGAAGAUGCACGACCGCAAAAACAUCGGCAAGCUAGUACUGGAUCCGUCACUGGAGCCAAAGCCUAAACCAGCCACCCCGGCCAAGGGCAAGUCCGGCAAGGAGAAGAAACCAGCCAAAGAGAGCUCUGAGGACAAGAAGGACAAGGACGCCAAGGAGGAUGAGAAGAAGCCAGCUGAGAACGGUGAGAAGAACGGGGAAAAGAACGGUGAAAAGAAUGGUGAAAAGAACGGUGAAGAACCGCUCACUAACGGUAACAGCGAUGAAGAGUCAAAGGAGAAGGAAAAGGAAUCUAGCUGAAUUACUUCCCCCGAGGACUGAACCAGAUAAACCACCGCCAAUUGAUUAUGUUAGAGUCGAAGCUGUCCCGAGGACGGCGCCGGCGCCCUGCUUGCUCUGCCGGCGCCGGCGCUGCUUCCUUAUGUGUUGCCUCACCUUUAUUAUCCUUAUUCAAUAUACAAGUCUGAUUACCCGACGUCGUUCGAUCGCAACUUAUUUAUAAAUGUUUUCCAUCAUUGUAAUCAAUCAAGCAAGCGAUCGAACGAUGUCGCAAGCUAAUUUUAGUUUUUAAUUAUUCCUCUAUCAUCACAUUCUCCUAGUUUUGUUAGAGUUAUUAUGAAAUUAAUCGUUGAAAACGCGACAGCGAAACUACAAUGAAUUUAUUUUUAAACAAUUUAAUAUCUUCUUUUAUAAAUUAAUUUCAUAAUUUGGCCUAAGUUAAGAAUUGUCUCAGGUAACAUACAGUCUUUUUUUAUUAUAGUUUAAUGUUUAAGACUUUAUUUUUAAGAUGAGAUAUUUUAAUCUGCAGUUAUUUUGAAUGGCUAUUGUAUAACUAAGGUGCAGAGAUGCUUAAUCUUUAUGUAUGUUAAGCUUUAAUAUUUUAUUAGUAAAUGUUUAAAAUUUGGCCCUCGAGACCCACACCCGUCACCCGCCCGCUCGGGUCGCCUCGUCCGACAGUCCGCCGCGCGACCGACUGCCCGCCAGUCCCUCGUCGGCGACAAACGAAUGAGAAACCUUAGG